AUGUCGCAACCGUUGAAACUCGGAUUUUUGACGAUUUUCUCACUGCUAUUGAUCGCAAUUCACCUGCCCAGUGCGAAAACCUCCCCGUUGGAGUUUAACGAGCGAGACCCGAAUGCCGACCUCGGGUCGCAUGGUGGAAUUGGCCCUGGAAAGCUGGGUGCUGUUGCUAGCGAAAACUCGAUCUGCUCCCGUCAUGGAUCUGAUAUUUUAAAGAAGGGCGGAAACGCUGCUGAUGCUUUGGUUGCAACCGAGUUUUGUAUCGGUGUGAUAGCCAUGUACCACAGUGGGAUCGGUGGAGGUGGCUUCAUGCUCGUGAGAUCAGCAGAGGGUGAGUAUGAGUUUAUUGAUUUCCGAGAGACGGCGCCGGCUGCGGCAUUCGAGGACAUGUACAAAAACAAUGAAGAUGCUUCUGUAUACGGUGGACUGGCAAGUGGAGUACCGGGCGAAGUGCGAGGUCUUGAGCACCUCCACAAGAAAUAUGGCUCGCUUCCAUGGUCCACUGUUGUCGAGCCCGCUAUCCGCACAGCUCGUGACGGAUUCCCUGUCACAGAAGAUCUUGUCAAAUACAUGAAAUCUGCUGUUGGCAGUGGAGAGGAUUUCCUAUCUAAGAAUCCCACGUGGGCAAUUGACUUUGCUCCGAAUGGAACCAGGCUUGGGCUGGGCGAUAUCAUUACACGAAGCCGGUAUGCGGAUACCCUCGAGGCUAUUGCACAGCGUGGCGCGGAUGCAUUCUACUCGGGUCCUAUCGCAGAGACUAUGAUCAAUGCACUCCAGCGCGAAAACGGCACAAUGACACUCGAAGAUCUUAAAAAUUACACUGUGGCUAUUCGGAAUGUCUCUCAGAUAGACUACCGUGGCUACAAAAUCACGAGUACGUCGGCCCCCUCGAGUGGCAGUAUCGCCCUGAGCAUUCUGAAGAUUCUUGGGACAUACAAGGAUUUCUUCUCGACUGAACAAUCUGUGAAUUUGAGUACCCAUCGGUUGGACGAGGCGAUACGAUUUGGAUACGGCGAGAGAUCUAAAUUUGGCGAUCCCCUCUUUGUUGAUGGCUUGGCCGACUAUGAGAAAGAGAUUCUGAAUCAGUCUACGAUUGAUGAAAUUCGAUCCAAGAUCUCGGACGUGCGGACUCAGAACGUAUCUGCUUAUGAUCCAGCUGGACUGGAAAGCCUGGACACCCCUGGAACUUCCCAAAUCGCAGUAGCUGACCACACUGGCCUUGCAAUUUCGGUAAUCACCACAGUCAACUUAUUGUUCGGUAGCCAGGUCAUGGUCCCAGAAACCGGUAUCAUCAUGAACAACGAGAUGGACGAUUUCUCUAUCCCUGGAUCGUCAAACUCGUUUGGUUAUAUCCCCUCUCCAUCCAACUACAUUCGCCCUGGAAAACGCCCCCUCUCCUCUAUCACGCCUGCGAUAGUUGAGCGAUCCAACGGCAAGCUAUUUUUGAUUGCGGGGUCCGCAGGAGGAAGCCGUAUCACCACUGCCACUGUCCAGAGUAUCAUUCACUCCAUUGAUCAGGGACUCUCCGCCGCCCAAGCGUUGGCCAAGCCCCGUCUGCAUGAUCAGCUGGUACCAAACCAGGUCACCUUCGAAUACAGUUAUGACAACGCAACUGUUGCCUUCAUGAAGGAACGAGGCCAUAAUGUUACUUGGGUUGCUCCGGGAAAGAGUACUGCCCAGUUGAUCCGGGUCUUGCCCAAUGGAACAUUCGAUGCUGCUGGAGAGCCGAGGCAGCUCAACUCGGCCGGGUAUUCUGUAUAG